AUGGGAAAGAAAGGCGGCGCAGAGGGCAACAGCAAGAAGGCCGCGGGUCAGGCUCGCAAGGCCGAGACCGCUGCGAAGAAAGCGGCCGCCGCCGAUGCAGAGCGAGCAGCUGCUGAAGCGGCCAAGUGGGAUAAGGGGGCCAAGAGCAAUGCCAAAAAGGAAGCAGAAGCAGCAAAGAAGGCAGAACUAGCGCGGAAGAAAGCAGAAAAGGAGGCCCUGCUUGCAGAAGAAGAGAAGAGCUUGCCAUCACGAUCGACGCCCAAGAAUUCUAAGACGGCGGUCAAGAAGACGAGGGGCCUAGAUCUAUCACAGCUUGACAGCGACAGCGGUGGAGCCCUGCCGGCCUUGAGUGCAUCGGGUAUUGACAACGCCUUGGACGCGCUGUCGCUGACGUCCCAGUCGGAAGCCAAGAUUGACCGACACCCUGAGAGGCGCUUCAAGGCAGCCUACGCCCAGUUCGAGGAGCGACGCCUCAAGGAGAUGGAGACGGACGGCAGCGGUGCGGGACUCCGGCUUAACCAGAAGAAGGAGAGGAUCAAGAAGGAGUUCGAGCGCAGCCCCGAGAAUCCGUUCAAUCAGCUUUCUGCCCGCUACGACGCGUCGAAGGAAGAGCUAGCACAACUCAAAGAACAGGAAAGGAUCAAGAUCGAGGCUCGCCUUACAUCCAAUCCCUGA